UUCUUGUCAUAUUAUGGAAUUGCAAAUAGGCAGGAACGCAGGCGGACAAUGAAUGAAAUGUGCUAAAUAACUACUUUGGCAGCUAUCAAAGUUGGCUGGAGUUUUGACGUGUGGUGCCGUUGGAGCUGCUCAACCGUGUUCAAUUCAUCCACCUAAAUUCGGGCUACCGGACCUGUGUACCAUGACUUCAUUGGAUUAUUCGGUUUGACCAGAGAGGCUCCUCUAAUUGGAGGGAGCAUUCUAUCACCGUAGCGACUCAUUGUGCAUCAGCUAGGCCUACCUGAUUUUCCACAUCAGCCAAAGAGGCCAACGCACCAAGUGUUUUUGUGGGUUCCUGUCUCUCUGUCUGUCCAAAAAUGUUGCAUCUCCUGCUAUCACCAUAAGGGAGGCUCUGACUUGACCCGACUCAGCCUCGCCUCACCUCACCUCGCGUGGCCUUCUUUUAACGUGACGUUAAGGGCGACAGCAGCGAGCGCCCCAACGCGUCGGACAUGGAUGCGGUGGAGCCGGCCACGCUGGCCGAGACGCGGGCCGAACGCAUCGCCCGCUACAAGGCGGAGCGCCGGAGGGAGCUGGCCGAGCGCUAUGGCAACCUGGACGAGGAGCUGCCCUCUAAGUGGGUGAGGAGGGAGAGGCCUGCGCGUGCGGCCCGGGGAGGAGAGGCCGCAGCCGGGGCAAGUGGAGCAGGGACAGGGGCGGCAAUGGGGACGGUCACAGUGACGACGGACAGCCAUAGCAGGGGCGUCCACCUCUCUGAUGGUGGUGGUGGCAGUGAUGGAGGAGGGGUGAAUGGAGGGAUGGAUGGGAGAGAGCACGGGGGCACCAGAGGAGGGGCACACUGGGAGGAUGGUGGUGGUGGAGGUGGUGGUGGAGCAGCCCCCGAGCAGGUGUCUCUCCCUCCUAAGAUGUCUAAUGGCUUUGAGACGGACCUCACAGAGGCUUCGAGUCUGAACAGGCAGUGCCAUGCCGCUAAUGUGGAGCCAGAUGCGCCCCACGUGCACACUCACGUCUCAGUGGGACAGCUGAGGACUGCCCUGUUGCAGCAGAACUCAGCCGGAGCUCAGCCGGAGAAAACUCCUGUCUCAGAUGGUCAAACCACCUCCUCCCUGGAUCUGGCCAUGAAGCCGGGGGCAGAGGGGGGUCGCAGACGCACCCGCCGCUACCUCCCAGGGAGUGCGGCCGCCAGCCGCAAGACCAGCGAGCGCUUCCGGACCCAGCCAGUCACGGCCACAGAGAUGGAGGAGAGCUGCGGACUCAUGGAGCCCGAUCAACAGGACGACUCCCAAGGUGAUGCGAAAAUGGACGACCGAGCCAAGAUGAGUGUUGCUGCCAAGAUGUCUCUCUUUAAAGAGCUUGAGAAGACGGUGGGCCCAGAGGCCUCGUCGUUCCUAAAGCCGCGUUCCGGGGCCAGCGCCCACGAGCGCCGAGUCCGCCGUACCAUGGAGCACCGGGCGCUCACACAGCCAAUCACCUGCGAGGAACUCGUGGUAGCUGUCAGCCACCCCCAGCCAGAGGAGCCCUGUGAGAGCCGGGCUGCCCCGGGGGAGCCGGAGGGGGAGGCGGAGGCAGAGGCUGAGGCGGAGGACGACGAGAGCUGCAAGAUGAGCAUGAGCGAGAAGCUGGCCCUCUUCAACAAGCUCUCCCAGCCCGGCGCUCUCACCAGGGAGCCAGGCGCCGCCGAGGGCCCCGAGAGGCGGAGGCAGAAGGGGGCGCGCUACCGCACACAACCCAUCACCGUGGAAGAGGUCAGCCUGCUCCAGAAGGCCCCCAUCAGGCUCCCCACGCUGAGCCUGUCCCCGCAGCUCUUCGACCAGCAGCAGGGCCUCUCCACCAACCUCAAGCCCAGCGAGGUGCGCCAGACGCGGCCGCGCUCCCGCGGGGACUGGGGCUCCAGCACGGAGCUCCGCGCCCAGGUCAGCCUGGACUCGGCCGUGGACAACUACGCUUCCCAUCAUGCCUCAGCAGUGGCGGCGGCAGCGGUCCAGCGAGAGGUGCGGGGCAUCCUGAAGAAGACCUCCACAGCGCCCUCAGGAGACGAGGAGUGGAGGUCCAGGACGUUGAGUGAGGGCUACCAGGAGGAGGAGGAACAUGAGGUGACGGCCAAGGAGGAGGAGCAACAACAGCAGCAGAAUGGAGGAGUCUGGAGGAGAGGAGGAGAGAGGACAGGAACACAGCGCCCAGAGGAGGAGGAGGAGGAGGAGGAGAAGGAAGGUAGGAGGAGGAAGAAGGCGUGGGGCGAAGAGGAGACCCAGAGGGAGGUGGAGAGAUCUGCUCUUCAGGAGGAGAUCUGCUCUUCAGAGAGGAGCAGGAGGAGGAGUAGAGCUCCAGAGGCAGUAGAGGGAGAUGCUGCUGCUCCUACUGCUGCUGCUACAGCUGCCGCUGCUCCCGGGUCGAACGCCGGCGCCCCCUGGAGGCAGAGGGCCAGGAAGGAGAGAGAGGGCCACCACCAGCCGUCCACCAGCAGAGCACGCAGGGCCACACAGGAGCCCAAGCUGCACCUCACCUGCCCACAGCCCUCUGUCCAAGCACAAGAUGUACAGGACAGGUUGGCUGAGCAUCCCAGUGAGGAAGAGGAGAGGGGGGAGGGCAGGCGGAGAACAAAGAGGAACUCAGUACGCGUGGAGCCAGAGCAGACAGAGAGUCAAACUAGCUGUGAUGCAUCUGGCCAACCCCAAUGCUGGGAGCCUGUCUUCUCCUCUGUCUAUACCCCCUCUCCUACCACACCUCAGUAUGUCAUGUGUUUCAACGAGACUAACCAGUCAUAUGAGGCCCAGGAGGUCGGCUCUGCCCAGGCUUCAUCACCAUCUUCAUCAUCAUCGCAGCCCAACUGGAGGAAACAGCAGCAGACUGUACAGGUGCAGUAUGCUGAGACAGACUCCGAGACGCAGAUGCAGACACAGACACAAGUGCAAACGCAGGCGCAGGCAGACGAGCAGGAGGAUCUGCAGACAUCGAUGCAGGCGUUUGCACAGACUUCCUGUUUAGAGCCCUGCGAGGCCACACCCACGGAAUCGGAAGGCGUGUCUGCGGAGUGCGUGAAAGAUGUCAUGUCCUCUUGCGUCUCUCCUGGCGUGGCGGCGGGUGUCUGCACUAACACCGAACAGGGCUCAGACCUCAGCUCCCUCUGUCAGACCAGCACUCCUAUCCUCUCCUCCGCAGUAGCAGAGCACAGGCGUUCAGUGCGGCCUUCUCGCCGGACACAAGGCUCCCGGAACCCCUUACGUGCCUUAGCCGCCCGCGACGACGUCCGGCAGGACUUCAACGAUCCUCAGGAGGACGGGGCUGUGGCAGAGGCCAACAGGAUGGUGAAGAAUUGUAACUCGUCCACGAGUAACACUGCCACUGAAUCAUCAAGCAUCAACACUGUUCCUUACAGGCCCCUGAUGCUCAUUCAAGUUAAAGGCUGGCGUCAGGUGCAGGCGCGUGUGGUGGAGCCGGUGGCUGGCUCCCUGAACAGCGGAGACUGCUUCCUGCUGCUCACACCACACCUCUGCUACGUCUGGAACGGCCUCGCCGCCAACGCCGCAGAGAAGGCAAAGGCAUCUGAGAUAGCCAAUGUGGUGCAGAGCCAGCGCGAUCUGGGUUGCCAAGCAACACAGGUCAUCCACCUAGAGGAGACGUCCAACGCCGGCAGCUCCCAGGCCACUGAGUUCUGGAAUCUUCUAGGAGGGAAAACAGAAUACAUGGGCGCCGGUGGUCCAGAGGAGGAUGAGGAGUUUGAGAGUGCUGUGGUGGAGUCCAACUGUGUCUACCAGCUGAUGGAGGACCGCCUGGUGCCCCACGAUCAGGGCUGGGCCACCGCCUCCAGCGUCUCCCUGCUGGGCUCCGAUCAGUCUCUACUGUUCGACUUUGGCAGCGAGGUGUACCUGUGGCAUGGUAAGGACGUUACCCCGAGCGAACGCAAGGUGGCACUGCAGCUGGCACAGCAGGUGUGGGCCGGACCCUAUGACUACAGCAACUGCAGAGUCAACCCACUGGACCCCUCCGCCACCAAUGCACACAUACCCAGGCGAGGAGUGGGCCGGCCGAGCUGGGCUUUGCUGGGUCGCCUGUUUGAGGGGAACGAGACGUCUCUGUUCAGGGAGAAGUUUGUGGACUGGCCUAGUCAGGUCUCCAUCAGAGAGGACAUCAGCUCCUGUACUAUGGAGACACAGAAUGCUUUGUCAUUAAACUUCCUGGCCAAUGAAGAGUGGUCGUGCGAUGCCAAAGCCCUGCUGAUUGGAGAGAGCGCGUCGAGCGGAGGGCCGGGCUCUGUGCUCCUGGAGGGAGUUGACGUGCAGCGGGGUCGCGACCUGGUCACCCUGGGCAACGGUCGCCAGGCGCAGCUAAGCACGGUUGCUGUGGAAACGUGGCAUCUUGUCGGAGGGGAGUGUGGUUUUGGGGAGAGUCUGGUGGCGGCACACAGCACUGGGCAGCUGCAUGAAGGAGACACCUAUGCCAUACGCUGGACAUAUCACCUCAACACUCUGGAGGACCAGGUAGUGGAUACUUUGGACGGAGGUGGCGAGGAGUGUUCGACCAUCUUCCUCUGGCGGGGCCGUCACUCACAGCAGAGUGGGCGGGAGCUGCCUCCAGCCCUGGCCAAUAGCUGUGGAGCUCAGGUGGCUGUCGCUCAGGGGGAGGAGCCUCCUUGCUUGCUGCAACUGUUCCAGGGAGGCAUGGUGCUACACAUGGGCAGAAGGGAAGACACUGCUGCUCAAACAGCUGGCUGGCGUCUGUUCUGCGUGAGGGGUUCGGCGUCGGUGGAGGCCUCUCUGUGUGAGGUGGCGUGCUGCUGUUCCAGCCUGCGCUCCAGGGGCUGCCUCAUUCUCCUCGGUGCCCAGCAGAGGGCGCUCUAUCUGUGGAGGGGCUGCAAGGCCCAUCCCAACACCCAGCAGCUGGCCAGGCACACGGUGGAGAGGCUAGUGCACCUGUGUCCUCCUGAGAUGGGCUUGAGUCCUGACGUCAGUCUCCAUGUUCAAGAGGUGGAGGAAGGGGCGGAGCCUGCUGAGUUCUGGGCUGCCAUUGGCCAGCAGGACAGGAAGGCCUAUGACUGUAUGCUACAAGACCCUGGAAAGUACAACUUCACACCGCGCCUCUUCCACCUCAGUGCUGAGUCGGGGACGUUCAGGGCUGUGGAGUUGCUGAAUCCCUCCCGGAUGCCAGGUGUUGUUAUCGCCAUGCCCUUCCUGCAAGAAACCUUGUACUCCGUCUCACAUCCAGCUCUCUUCCUGCUGGAUAACUGUCUGGAGCUGUACCUGUGGCAGAGUGGAGAGGAAACGCAUUGCCAGCGCCCCCACUGGGACAGAGAGAGGAAGUGCGCCAUGGAGACCACACUUCAGUACAGCAAAGAGCGCAACCCACGGCGCCCCCCACUGGCCUAUCUGAUAGAGGACGGCCGCGAGCCACUCACAUUCACCAACGUCUUCUCACAGUGGAGUCCCAACACACAGCUCCAGGGGGAUGUCCCGUGUAAGAAGCUGACCCUGGUGCAGGAUGCCUUGGAGUCCCUCACAUCCACCUGAAAAAUGCAGCAGACACACCACGCCCACCCCCACCCCCACCCCCACCUUCCUAUGCUGCUUUCAGGCCUGCCAGAACGGUGCAGCUGCCUGUUCCCAUAUCAGCACCAAAAUGGUGAACAGCGAACGACUGGACUUCUGUUCACACCGGGUUUUGUACUUUUCACCGCAUGUGACCGUUUUUUUUUUUUUACCUGGAUGAACCCUCUGAUGUCUAUGUUGUCGUCAUGGUUUGCAGAGAAAAAAACAAGUAUUUUUUGGUUUGCACCACGAACCAAUUUCCCAGUUCCUGAACGGUCAGAUUUUGACAAGAACAAAAUCGGUUUCAAGAUUAGGAGCAGGAGCGGGCACCGGUAUGAUUCUCUCUUGGCCUGAACGCGCUACAGGAGAAAAUUACCAAUGGACUACUGAUAGCAGGUUUUCAAUGUGCUGUUUUUAUGUACUAUAGAAAGUAGAUUUUAUUUUCUUGUCAUCGAAAAAGCUAUCUAAAACGAGAGAAAAACUUUUUUUGUAUUUUCUAUUUUUGUGAAAAGUGUUCUUGUCCAGUGGCCCCUGAAUCAUUGUCCCACACACACAUGUACAGUGCUUUUUUCUCUCUUUUUCUCUAGUUGCCUGUUUCAAACCUGUGUGCUUGUGUGGAUAUGGAUAAAUGUGUGUGUGUGUGUGUGUGUGUGUGUGUGUGUGUGUGUGUGUGUGUGUGUGUGUGUGUGUGUGUGUGUGUGUGUGUGUGUGUGUGUGCGUGUGUGCGUGUGUCAGUGUCUUGGUCUUUGAAAAUUGGGUCAUAAUUGAGCCUUAAUCCCUUUCAACAGGGGCUGGCCAAAAUUUUUGUGUUUCUUGAAUUUCUUGAGUUCCUUUUUAGUAUAUAGUGCAAUCAGUGCAAUCACAAAAAGAGGCAGGGGCAGGCGUGUGCUCUAUGAAGCAUGGCCUCUCCCCAGAUACACGUGAGCUUUAAGUUAAUUUAUUACUUUCUUUUUUUCUUUCUUUCUUUCUUGCCUCUGGCCAGAUCAGAGUAUGUGUUCAUGCGAAUGGUGUGUGGUUUUCAUACUGAACCUUUUAGCUGUAGAUUUCACUUGAAUGUGUUUUAAGUUAAAGCAAGACAACAAUGGAACGACAGACUGAAUGAUGCAACACUACACCGUUGUGGUUUCUUCUUUUUUUCCUAUGAAAUUUUAAUUUACCUGUACAAAUCAGAUCAAAGACAUGAAAGACAGAGUGAAAAGAACACAGUGUAACAAUCAGUCACAAUCUCUGUAGAUAUUUUAUGAGGAAAAGUGAAGCACAUAUAAAAACAAAAACGAGAGGAAAAAUGAACCCAAUAAAAACAAAAUGAAGAAUG